GGAAGUGGCUUCAUUGCUGCUGUUCGCUUGACGUCGCUUUGACCCGCAAGACCGACGGUGUCAGAGUCAGGAAACAGACAGAACCAAGCCGAACCGCCACAGCUCAACAGAGAGAUUAGCCGGUGUCCCCGGCGCUGAGCUCAGGGUUUAUCCGGGGAUGGAAGACCCUCCCCGGAGAACAGACACCGCCUGAACCGGAGCCGCCGAGAAACGGUUUCACCGUUCGUUAGGAACGGGCGGGUUUAUCCCCGAGGUUCCGGUCGUUUUUGGGCAGGUAGUCGUUAGCAGAACCUCGACUAGCUGUUCCGUUAGCUGCCCUGGAUCCACCAGCCAUUAACGGGUUAAGUACCGAUCUAACAGGUUCGGGUGGCUGGGUCGCAGCGGAGGGCGGGAAUGUGUUUUUCACCUCCCGAACGUUGGAUUACACGUGUGAACCCGGUCCGGUUCUUUCCCGGGGUAUUGUCUUGAAGGAGAUACCGGCGGCUGCUCUUUCUGCUCCCCGCCCCAGAUGUGGAGCCACGUUCGGGCUCGGUAUGGCAGCUGAGCGGACAUGGCAGGCUGGAGGAGACUCCUGACGGGAAGAAUCUCGGCUCUGAACCCGGAGGAGAUGAGUUUUAUUUCGGCGGUCUGGUGUCACUGAUGCGACCCGGGUUCACCGCACCAGAACCGCCCUGAUUACCGAGUUUUUAACAGAAACGGUGUUUUUACUCUGCGGAGGAGAUGAAGAGGACGGAGAAUAAAAACAAGAGGAAGCUGAGCAGUUUGGAGCAGCAGGAGAGCGGAGAGGAGCAGAAAGAUGAGGAGUUUGCGGCUCCGCCCCCUCUGCUCUUCAGGAAGCUGAGCAAUCCGGACCUGUCACCCGCGGCAACCAGCGCCACCAAGUCCAAACUGCACCGACAGCUGAGCCAGGAUGAGAACCGGGCCCGGCGCAGCAGCCUGGCCAUGACUGGGAAACAGCUGCUGCCUCUGUCCUGCAGCCUCCACGGGGGGGUCAGCCAGCUGCUGGGGCCCCCUGCUGGCCCCGGGGCCCCGGCCGGCCCGGCGGGCGGCGGAGGAGACGGGAACAACCUGGUCCGGAUGAGGAGCCAGGUUCUGGGCCAGUCGGCGCCUUCGCUCAGCGGACUGUCUCUCCAGGCUGACUCAGCGUUUUCUUAUCAUCUCUGCCACAGAGGAGGAAGAGUUUUAGGAGCUUUGUCCUCCUCUUCCUCAGCUGCUGCUCUUCAUCUGAGGUCGAACCGCUAAGAUGGAGGCUUUAGCAGCAGACAGGAGCUUCUGAUCGUAGCCGUACCUUCAGAUAUUUAUUUUAGUAAUCGAGUAUUCAGACAGUUAAUCAAGUAAUUGGUUCUGCAGAUCCUACUAAGUUCUACAAACACACAAAGAUAACAUUUAAGUAAAUAAACUAUUUAAUUCAUUUUAAAAAAGUAAAAAUUUCUUUGUUAAAAAUGCAGUAACAGAAUGCUGAUCCUUCUUUCAGUGGUUAAAUCCUUCAGACAAAUAAAACUAAAUAUUCACUCUAAAAGUAAAUGUUUCUUCUCACACCAUCAAUCUAUUGCUGAGCUUUUUUAUUUGACAGAUCUGCAAUAAAAGCUGCAUAGUUGUUUUGACACAACUUGCACACUGUUAGCUGAUACAGCAAACAUAAACGAUGUCUACUGUCUGCAGCUCGUUUCCUGUUCAGCUCUGCUGCAUGGUCGACAUGCUACUGUGGACAGCUAAUGCUGCUCUGGAAAGCUAAUGCUACUGUGGAAAGCUAAUGCUGCUCUGCGCUGUCUUUGGGUUUAGUUUACGUGUUUCUACAUUUUUUUAUCGUUGUUUUCAUGUUACUCUGUUUUGUUACUCUUCAUCUUCCUCCCCAACUAAAACGGCACUUAGCUUAGCAUGCAGCUAAUAGUCAACAGCAAAGCCAUUAGCGGAAGUGGGAGGGUUGUCAUGUAACUCAGGACAAGUAUCUGUGGUUAGUUGUUUAUUCGUAGGGAUCAGCUGAUAUUUUCACUAACAGAACAAAAUAUACAGGAAUAAAACAUUUUGUUACUUGAUAAACUUUAUGCUCACAAACUGCAGCUGUUCCCUCCCUGCUUUAGCCACCUGUCUUAGGAACCAUGAAGACUUCAGGUGUCCAGUUCAUUCAGAUCUUCCUUUCCUCGACAAACCACAAAGUUUUUGCGACGUAACAAAAUGUCACUCAAAAUUAUUUGCAUAAAAUCUUUGUAUUUUUGUGGAGAGUAUCU